GAAUCAUACAAACUUAUGAUGACAACAUGACAAGUAUAAAUGUGCCGUGGUUAAAUCAGUAAUAGCAUAUGGUCAAAUAUAAAAUAGUCUGAAGAUAUCGUUUGUUUUUUAUACGUAUAUCUACGUGAAAAGAUCCGUGUUUGGCAUACAAUUAUAGAACAUAUCUUAUUAAAUGUAAUUUAAUAACAUUUAACAAAAACGAAAAAGUGGCGGAUUGAACAAGUUGGACCAUUCAUUAAGAGCAUUAUUCUAUAUUGAUUGUAAUUUAAAACUUAAAGGAAAACAGCAGUUAUGUUUUUGGUCAACUGCAUUUUCCUCGUCGUGUUACUAGAAAGUGUGUCGUUUGGUCAGAAUGUUGUAUCAACAUCAGAAGACGUAUGGAUAAAAGCACCGGAAAAUGAAGAGGCUCGAGUAAAAAGACAACUUACGGGCCUUGACCUUUACCAUCGCAUCGCCGACGCUUCCGGUGGCACAGUGUACGAGACGGACAAGACGAAUAUUGCCACCGUUGUCGACAUCAUCAAGGAUUCCGUGGCCUCCAAACCUUUAGUGAGUGUCCUAAAGUUCGCUCAACUAUCAAGUAGCAACAACACUUUCGAGAUCCCAGUUGACGAUUUGGUUCGUAACUUAACGAUCAAGAUACAAAGUGCAUCGGCGUCCUUGCCUGGGAUCGAACUUUUCAAACCAAACGGCAGUAAAGAGACAUUUGGUGACAAGCACUUCGCUGCGAGCUCUACCUUGGGGAAAAAGUUGAUGGUCAUAACGCUGUUUACCCCAACACCCGGCCCCUGGCGUAUUCGCAGGACAUCAAACCAAGAACUGUUGGUGGAGGUACAGGCAAAGACUGACCUCGACUUCCAGUACAAGCUGCUUACACCGAGUAUGGAUGGGUACGGGCUUUAUCCGCUCACAGGUAGACCGAUUGCAGGCGACAAUACAACUAUCCAAAUCAACGUUCCAUUGGCCGAAAACGUGACGUCAGUUGAUCAGGUCAUUUUGGUGGACAAAAAUGGCGCCAUGUUGUCCCACAGUCCUCUAGUUCUGGUAGGCGGAAGCAAAGCGGGGAAGACACUGCUGAAAUCAAACAUAAUAAUUCCUUCCACAGAUUUCCGACUUGCGAUUGAGGGUCGUGACAAGCACGGUCACGUAUUCCGGAGGUUGAACCCGGAACUGAUUACCACCCUCGCCAUUAAACUCCAAGUGCUUCCUCUCUCAGGAUCCCUGUACGUGAACCAGACGAUUUCUAUCCCAUACCUAGUGGGGAGUCCCGGAAGUGGCGUCAGGGUCACCGUGAACAUCUCAGAUGACCUUGGCUUCGCACUGAGCCCCAUAUCUCACUCCCACACUUUGAGUACAAACUCAACCCAGAAUGGAACUUUUAUACUACGAGCUGGACCGACCAAAGGCGUCACAUGCACGAUCACCAUAUCAGCGCGCGCAGACCGGGCCCCCGCGAACCAAGUGCAGUACAGCAUUCUGAGGAUGAUUGUAGAGGAGAAGAUCGUCAAGAUUAUGGAUAAAACACCGCCGACGUGCAGAGUAACAAAUCUAAAUGGAAAAUGUGAUAUCGGUAGCGACGUUUGCGCAUGCGCAAAUCAGACAUGGAGAAUGACAGCGGAAGUGUCCGACAACGAAAGCGGCUUGUUCUCGGUAUUUCCGUCCGGAGCCGGAAACGGAUCUACGUUCAACCACACGGUAUUCUCAUCUGGACACAAACCGGCCGACGGAAAAAUCAUCGCUUAUCUUACAGCCGACUGUUGUCACCAGAAUGCAAAGGUGACGGUUGUUGAUCUGGAGGGAAACGUCGACGUCUGUUACGUCACAAUCACGCCAGGCUUCGUUCCACCAAGUCCCAAACUGUGCGCUUUGUCUAACAGCAAGAGCACCUACAACACACAGAGCCCUGGAGCUAUACAGAUCUCAUGCAACGUGACUGACGUAACUGACACGUGCAACGCUUCUCUGACGUUAAACGUCACUUACGAUUGUGCGAGCUAUAACUGGUCGUUUGUAUCGCAUCUUGGCAAUGACAGCGUUGGGAAGUUGAGCCUUGUCCCACAAGGUGCUGGAAAAGAUGCAAGCAUCUCUCUAACGAACAAUACUGUCAACGUUACGACAGACUGCUGUCACCCGGAUGUGUCAGUAAACGUUAUUGAUUUCGCCGGCAAUAUCGGUCGGUGUCGGGCAGUUGUGCAAACUCCUAUAACGACGAGGACAACUUCAGCAAACCGCAUGAUGAAUGCAACUAAUCAAAAUGACGCCGUCGAUAAGACUUCCGUCGGAGCCAUUGUGGGCGGCGCCGUCGGCGGAGCUCUAUGUGUUACCGGAGUCAGUGUUGUCAUUUUGUUAGUUGUGAAGAAGUGCUCAGUGGCGAAAGUCACUGACAAAAACUAAUAUUAUCGAUAUAAACAGUUUACUAAUGAUCUACGUAUGACUUCAGUUUUCUUACAGAAAUUUUUAUACGUAUAGCCUUUUGUAAAACUCUUGAAAAGCUUAUGAAAACAGAGAUGAACGUACCUUAA